AUGCGCUACGAGGAGGCGGCGGCUGAGCAGUUGCGCAAGCAGCUGGGGCUGGAUAGGCCUUUUGGUGUGCAGUAUGUGACAUACAUGUGGGGCGUACUGCAUGGCGAUUUCGGAGAGAGCUACCGCUUCCGCGGUCGUCCCGUGUCGGAGCUGCUUUUCCCGAAAAUGUGGGUGUCGUUCCAGGUCAAUCUCGCCGCGUUGAUUGUGAGCCUGUCGAUAGGUCUGCCUCUCGGAUUCUUCAUCGCUCAUCGGCAAGGCACAUGGCAAGACCCGGCCGUGGUUACGAUUGCGCUAGUUCUGAUGUCCAUCCCGAUCAUGAUCAGCAUACCGCUCACGCUGUGGGGGCUGUGCCUGAAGCUCCAGCUCGUACCGUGCUCCGGGUGGGGCGGCUUCUUCGACCUCCGAAUAAUAACACCCGCAAUUACGCUGGGUAUUCCCGGCGUAGCGGGACUGGCGCGAUUCAUGCGUGCGAGCACUCUCGAUGUGCUGGGCCAGGACUUCAUACGCACUGCGAAGGCCAAGGGGCUUUCGAGCGUCACCGUAGAUGUUCGGCAUGUGUUGAAGAACGCCAUGAUACCCAUCGUUACACUUAUGGCAUUCGUGCUGGCAGGGAUGUUCGUUACCAGUUUCAUCGUAGAGUUCAUACUCGGCAUUCCGGGCGUAGGGCACUUCACCAUCGACUCCAUAUUCAAUCCGCGACGAGCCAAUCAUAAUGACGAUGGGAAUCAUUGGUUCGUCCGCGUUUGUGCUGGCAAACCUGCUGGCAGAUAUAGCAUACGCAUUCAUAGACCCACGGAUACGGUAUCAAUAAACAGGUUUAACGAUAUGUCGGUUAGUCGGUUUCCCAGACAGAUUGGUCGCGGUCGCGGAUACUCAUUUGGCUUUCCGCUGCUGGACAGCUGA